GUUAAAACCAAUAAGACGCUCUGGUUGCCAGAGAGGACUGAAAAGGGAGGACUGUAAAUAGUGCAAAGUCCCUUCCUGUUCUCCUUCCUUCCCCCCCCCUCCCCACCCCCUACUCUAUUCCCGGGAUCAUCUACCUUUUGAAUUUUUGUACCUUCGGCUGUUGAGUUAAUGAGAUGCUGCCUUAAGAAGUCUUUGCAGCACAUCUCAAGUGCAGGUAAUUUUUCAAAAAAAAAUAUUUUCUUUAAAAAGGCUUGGGUGGGGUGGAUUGGGGGUGGGAGUGCCCUGUUCAUUUUUGCGGAUGGGGAGGAGGAGAAGGAAAAGAAAUUCGGACCCCACCCUCAACUCAGGCAGUCCCCCUCUGGCGGAUUUCUGAAAGGCGUUUUGGUGUUAAAAACUUAGCAAGGCGAGAGAAAGCACAACUGGAAUGACUGCAAUGGGUCCUAGUAAGGAGACAUAAGGGAAAAAAUAUAGAUACACACACGGGGAGGGGGGCUUUUGUUGCACUAAGGGGGUGGGAGACCCCAUAUCUUCCUAGAUCAAGAGUGAUGAGGAGAAAUUUAAAAGCAGUUUAUGGCAAGGGUAUAACCACAGACUUCAAGAUCCCUAGCUGCAUCUAAAGCACAUUUUCUCCACCCCCAUCCCUGAAACCUUGGAAUAGUAGUUUGUUAAGGGUGUUGAGAAAUGUAAUUCUGUGGGGGGGGGUGUUAAACUACAGUUCCCAGGAUUAUUUGUGGUUGUGUGUGUGUGUGUGUGCUUUAAAUGUUCCAGAGGUCUGUUCUUAACCUGAAACUGUUCUUAACCUGAAGCACCACUUUAGCUAAUGGGGCCUCCCGUUGCUGCCGCGCCACCAGAGCACGAUUUCUGUUCUCAUCCUGAAGCAAAGUUCUUAACCCGAGGUACUAUUUCUGGGUUAGCGGAGUCUGUAACCUGAAGCGUAUGUAACCUGAAGCAUAUGUAACCCGAGGUACCACGGUACACAGCUUGGGUGUCUCCAGACAAGGCACUUUAUUGAGCAUUCAUCCCAAUUCGUUGGCAAUUUAAAGAGCAUUCAUUUGGAGGUUUAGAUGAUGUUGCAUCGAAGCGGGAAGCGGGUUCAGCUGUAAUUUUGCAACCUGAAUUUACCAGUACAGUGGUACCUUGGGUAACAUACACUUCAGGUUACAGACUCCGCCAACCCAGAAAUAGUACCUCGGGUUAAGAACUUUGCUUCAGGAUGAGAACAGAAAUCGUGCUCUGGCAGCACAACGGCAGCAGGAGGCCCCAUUAGCUAAAGUGGUGCUUCAGGUUAAGAACAGUUUCAGGUUAAGAACGGACCUCCGGAACGAAUUAAGUACUUAACCCGAGGUACCACUGUGUGUGAUUAGAAGCCACCUGCAAAGUAGCAAAGACCUGCAAGCACCCGCCCCCGCUGUUUUGCAGGCUGCUGCCACACGACUGACGGGGAGUCGUAUUGAAUUCCUGUGGAAAGGGAACUGCCAGGUAAUCCUGGUUCUGAUUUCCGAGGAUUGCCCCCCUUUCCCAUGGAUUUCCACUGUGCGGCUUAAGUUUUAUCACCUUUUUUGCCAGCGAAACCGAUGCUGGGUUGCCAGGUCACGUGACCAAGCUGAACAAGUUUAGUAUCAGAGUACCGUAUUUAUUGCCCUAUAGGGCGCACUGGCCCAUAGGGCGCACCUCGGGGUUUUUUGGGGGGGAAUAAAUAAAUAAAUAAAAAUUUAUUCCCCCCCCCCCAGCCGCAGGGCUGGGGCGGGGAAAGCCCGAGCUUCCCCCGCCCCCAGCCCCCAGAACAGGCUGCUAUCUGCAAGCCUUGCGAGCCCGGCGGGAACUCCCGCCGGGCUCGCAACGCUUGUGGACAUCUGCGCGAAGCACGGGGCGCCCUCCGGAGGGCGCCCCAUGCUUCGGGCUGCAGGCUGCUGCCCGCAAGCCUUGCGAGCCCGCGGGAACUCCCGCCGGGCUCGCAACACUUGCGGAUAGCUUCCUGAAGCCUGAAGAGCGAGAGGGGUCGGUGCGCACCGAUGCCUCUCGCUCUCCAGGCUUCAGCGAAAGCCUGCAUUCGCCCCAUAGGACGCACCCAGAUUUCCCCUUCAUUUUUGGAGGGGGAAAAGUGCGUCCUAUAGGGCGAAAAAUACGGUAAGUCCCCCAGCACCACUCCCUCGGAUUGCCCUGUUUCUUCAGGGCCUAUGCUGGCAUGAGCCCCGACUAAGAUGGGAUGGGAGGCUUAUGCCUGGCUGAGCCGGGAACCAACUGGCUGAGCCAGAGAUCCGCUGGAGCCUCAACUGCUCAGCUCAGCAGAUCUGAGCACAGGAUUGUGUCCUGAUUCAAUAAAAUUCUGUUCACAAGAUCAAAAGCACUAGAAUGAAAGUUGAAAGCUUAGGUAAUAAAUGUUGGAAAUGUAAAGAAAAAGAAGGAACAUUUUAUCACAUGUGGUGGGAAUGUAAAAAAGUGAAAAACUUCUGGGAAAUGAUUUAUAAUGAGAUGAAAAAAAUGUUGAAAUAUACAUUUAUUAAGAAACCAGAAGCAUUUUUACUUGGCAUUGUAGGAGAUGAUAUAAAUCAAAAGGAUUGUAAAUUGUUUUUAUAUGCAAUGACGGCAGCAAGAAUACUAUUGGAACAAAACUGAAAGCAAGAAGAAUUACCGAUGAAAAAAGAAUGGAGGAUGAAACUGAUGGACUAUGCAGAAUUAGAUAAACUAACAGGAAGGAUUUGAAACCUGCGGCACCAGAGAUUCUCAGAGGACUGGAGUAAAUUGACGGACUAUUUGAAAAGUAAUUGUGAUGAACAGAUUAAGCUAGUAGGUUUGCAAGAAGUUUUGUAAGGUGAAUUAUUAGAAAUAUUGCCCCCCCAAAAAGAUAAUAAGGAGAAUUAUUAGUUAAAGAUAUCUAAUGGUAAUACGAAAUUAAGAAAUGCAUAAUAAGUGAUAAGUACGGAAAAUCAUCAGAGGUGUUGACGGAAGUCCAAAAAAAAUUGUAUAAGAUGAGAAGUUCUGUUGUAUGAAUGUUAAUUAAUAUGUUAAAAAUUAAUAAAAAUGUAUAAAUAAAAAGAAAGUUGAAAGCUUAGCUUCUUUCCCUUUCCAACAGGAAUAGGGGGAAAUCCUUUGAAUUUCUGGAAGAAGACGUGGAGUCCAAAGAGCCCUGCAGUCUGUUUGGCGUAGUCCUUUGGCGACAUCCCCUACGCACUGAAAACGCGUGGCAGAAUAUAUUUCUGCGGCAUUUGCAGAAAACAGUUGGCAUGCACUGAAAUCCUGCAGGAGGCGGAAUUAUUUGCUCUCUCCUUGCCCUUCGUUCCGAGGCUGCGCUGGAGCAAAGGGGCCGGAUCCCGAGGUGAAAAUGGAGGAGCCGGAAUCAGCAAGCCCGGAGCUGGAGACGGGAUCGGGGAGAGCAGGAGAACCCCCUGGCAUCCUUCAAGCGGGGACCCUCACGCGGAGUCCCAGAGAGGUGGCACCUCCGCAGCGCAUGAAAGAGGAGCCGGAAGAGGGCCUGUCGUCUCAGCGCUGGGAAGCCCAGUGGCAAGAGUUCCUCAAGGCCGUGCAAUGCCCUCAGCCUGGAUGGGGGAGCCCUCUUCUUCUUCCUCAUCCUGCGCCAGCAGGCCGCACAACAGCUCCUCUGCUCCCUGGCAGCUUGGAAGGACGGCUUCAGAGCUUCAGGCAUUUCUCCUACCAGGAAGCCGCAGGCCCACGGGAGACAUACAGUCGGCUGCGGGAGCUUUGCUACCAGUGGCUGAAGCCGGAGAGGCACACCAAGGAGCAGAUCCUGGAGCUGGUGAUUCUGGAGCAGUUCCUGGCCAUCCUGCCCCAGGAAAUCCGGAGCCGGGUGACGGAACAAGGCCCAGAGACCUGUAUCCAGGCUGUGACCCUGGCAGAGAGCUUACUGCCCAGACGGGAAGAAGGAGAACAGCGGAGAGAGCAGGUGAGCCUCUUCUAGAGAUGGGAUGUCCCGUUAGUGUCCCCCUUCUGCAUGAAAAGCAGGUGUUCUAGUGCCGAGCUAUGGCCCUUCUUUCGUUUGUUUUAAUUUAUUUAAUCAAUUUUUCGAUACAAACAUCAACCGCAAAAGACACAUACCGCAUUUUUGCGCUAUAAGACGCACCCGACCAUAAGACGCACCUAGUUUUUAGAGGAGGAAGACAAGAGUAAAAAAAAAUUCUGAAUCAAAUGUUGUACUAAACUACAGUGGUACCUCUGGUUACGUACUUAAUUCGUUCUGGAGGUCCGUUCUUAACCUGAAACUGUUCUUAACCUGAAGCACCACUUUAGCUAAUGGGGCCUCCUGCUGCCGCCACACCGCUGGAGCACGAUUUCUGUUCUCAUCCUGAAGCAAAGUUCUUAACUACCUGACUUUUAGAAGACAUCGGAAGGCAGCCCUAUUUAGGGAAGUUUUUAAUGUUUGAUGUUUUAUCAUGUUUUUAAUAUUCUGUAGGGAGCCACCCAGAGUGGCUGGGAAAACCCAGACAGAGAUAAUAAUAAUAAUAAUAAUAAUAAUAAUAAUAAUAAUAAAUUAUUAUUAUUUGUACCCCGCCCAUCUGGCUGGGUUUCCCCAGCCACUCUGGGCGGCUUCCAACAAAGAUUAAAAGAUUUAAAAUAAAUUAAAAUGUCACACAUUAAAAACUUCCCUAAACAGGGCUGCCUUCAGAUGUCUUCUAAAUGUCAGGUAGUUGUUUAUCUCUUUGAUGUCAGCUGGGAAGGCAUUCCACAGGGUGGGCACCACUUCCGAGAAGGCCCUCUGCCUGGUUCCCUGUAGCUUUGCUUCUCGCAAUGAGGGAACCACCAGAAGGCCCUUGGCGCUGGACCUCAGCGUCCGGGCAGAAUGAUGGUAAUAUAAUAUAAGUAAUAAAUAAUAAUAUAAGUAAUAAAUUGUUGUUGUGCUACCUCAACUAAAACUUUCACUAUUGUUUCCAGGGGACAGAGAGGCUGAACCAGGAAGUGUCUGCAAAUAUCCCAGUGGAAGAUGACGCAGGGCUGGAAAUCACCCAGAGGCCGCUGUGCAGAGAGGUCAAGCAAGAGGUCAAGGAGGAUGUCAGCUUGCUUGGUAAGUGUAAGCAGUCCAUGGAUUUUAGUUGCGGCUGUGGGGUGCUCAGUGGUGCUCUGUCUCCUGCUUGUGGGUUUCCCGUGGGGGCAUCUGGGUGGCCACUGUGAAAACAGGAUGCUGGACUAGAGGGGUCAUUGGCCUGAUCCAGCAGGCUCUUUUUAAGCUCUUAAAAGUAAAGGGACCCCUGACCAUUAGGUCCAGUCGUGGCCGACUCUGGGGUUGCGGUGCUCAUCUCGCUCUAUAGGCCGAGGGGCUUGGCAGGGGUCACUCACACACUGCUAUCCCAUGUUUCUUGGUGAUGUCAACUGCCAGGUCCAGGAUUGUUUAUAAGGCCCGGUGCCUCUGCAAGGAAAGAGAAUCAGUGGGAUCUGCAGCAAAAAGUUGCAUCGUGGAACACUCCUGUUCAGGGUACAUUCCAUUCUCUGCCCCCAUGUUUUCCAUCCCACCAAUCAGCAGCCAGUAUUCUGUGCACACUGAGCAUGCUCAGUCCUCAGAGAACUGUAGCUCUGAGGGGCAUAGGGGGUCUCCUCUCAGCACUCUUAACAAACUACAGUUCCCAGGAUUCUUUGGGGGAAGCCAUGACAGUUUAAAGUGGAAAUAAAGGUAAAGGGACCCCUGACCAUUAGGUCCAGUCGUGGCUGACUCUGGGGUUGCAGUGCUCAUCUCGCUUUAUUUGCCGAGGGACCCGGCGUCCAGCUUCCGGGUCAUAUGGCCAGCAUGACUAUGCCGCUUCUGGAGAACCAGAGCAGCGCACAGAAAUGCUGUUUACCUUCCCGCCAGAGCGGUACCUAUUUAUCUACUUGCACUUUGAUGUGCUUUUAAACUGCUAGGUUGGCUGGGGCUGGGUCCAAGCCACGGGAGCUCACCCAGUUGUGGGGAUUCAAACCGCCGACCUUCUGAUCGGCAAGUCCUAGGCUCUGUGGUUUAACCCACAGCGCCACCCGCAUCCCCAGCGCCGCUCUUAACAACUAAUAAAUCAGGACAAUGUUUGGACAGUCCAUUAUAAAUCCACUACUAAGGCACUAACCUACCACACAGAAUUGUUGUAAAGAUAAAAUAGGGAGGAAGAGAACCAUAUACAGUGGUACCUCCGGAUUAAGAACUUAAUUCGUUCUGGAGGGUCGUUCUUAACCUGAAACUGUUCUUAACCUGAGGUACCACUUUAGCUAAUGGGGCCUCCCGCUGCUGCCACGCAAUUUCUGUUCUCAUCCUGAAGCAAAGUUCUUAACCCAAGGUACUAUUUCGGGGUUAGCGGAGUCUGUAACCUGAAGCAUCUGUAACCCGAGGUACCACUGUAUGCCACCUUGAGCUUCUUGGAGGAAAAGAUGGAAUAUGAGUGCAAUCAAUCAAUCAAUCAAUCAAUAAUAUUAUUUAUUGAAUUUAUACACCACCCUAUACCCAGAGGUCUCAGGGCGGUUCAUGAAAAAGAUCAUAAUAUAUAAAACAAAAAUAAAAGCAAUAACCCAAUAAUACAUACACCCCCCCUAAAAGAGCCGCUUUUUAAAAGGGUAUAGGAUGUUGAUCAGGUCAACCAAAGGCUUGGUUAAAAAGGAAUGUUUUUGCCUGCUGCCUAAAGCUGUAUAAUGAACUCUCCCCUGGGGGAGAGCAUUCCACAGACACAGACCCACUGCAGAGAAGGCCCUGUUCUCGUGUUGCCAUCUUCCGGACCUCUCAAGAAGGAGGCACACGAAGGAGGGCCUCAGAUCUCAGUGUCUGGGUAGGUUCAUAUGGAAAGAUGCGGUCCUUGAGGUAUUGCAGUUCUGAUCCAUUUAAGGCUUUAUAGGUCAAAAGCAGCACUUUGCAUUGGGCCCGGAAACUAAUUGGUAGCCAGUGUCGUCGGACCAGGAUCAGUGUAAUAUGCUCAAAGCGUCUUGCUCCGGUGAGCAACCUGGCCGUAAACUAAUCCGCCUUGUCUCUUGAUUUCAGGAGCUGACGAAUGGCCUGGUAAGGAUGAGAGGGAGCCACAAGGAGUGUUGAUGGAAGUUGCUGAUCAUCAGGCAGUGGAAGAAGAUGAUGGGGACGUGGAUGGGCCAGAGUGGGAGCAAGGGAGCAAAGUGGAGGAAUGGCCAAACAAAUCCAUUGCUUAUGAAGGCGGCCACUUCCACGAAAUCACAGUGCAUCAGAGAAUCCACAGCAGGAAAAGGAGGAACAAGUGCAACGUGUGUGGGAAGGUGUUCAGAGACGAAGCUUAUCUUAAUAAGCACCAGAGAACCCACACUGGGGAGAAACCCUACGAAUGCUCAGACUGUGGAAAGAGCUUCCGUUGGAGUUCAGACUUCCACAGGCACCAGAGAACCCACACGGGAGAAAAACCAUACAAAUGCUCCGACUGUGGGAAAAGUUUUCGCCGGAGCUCGAACCUACAUAGGCACCGGAGAACCCACACGGGGGAGAAAUCGUACGAAUGUUCGGAGUGCGGGAAAAGUUUCCGAUGCAGCUCAAGCCUGAUUAGCCACAGGCGAACUCACACCGGGGAGAAACCCUACGAAUGUUCAGACUGUGGGAAAAGCUUCCGGCUGAGCUCAAACCUUAUCAGCCACAAGAGAACCCACACCGGAGAGAAACCCUACGAAUGCCCUGAUUGCGAGAAAUGCUUCCGUCGGAGUUCGCACCUUAAUACCCACAAGAGAAUCCACACAGGGCAGAAACCCUAUAAAUGCUCAGAUUGUUCCAAAACCUUUUCGGACCGAUCCAACCUUCUCAGCCACCUGAGAAUCCACACCGGGCAAAAGCCGUACACGUGCUCGGAUUGUACCAAGAUGUUUUCCAAUAAAUCUAACCUUCUCAGCCAUCAGAGAAUCCACUCAGGAGAGAAGCCGUAUGAAUGCUUAGACUGUGGGAAAAGUUUCAGCGUGUGCCAGUACCUAACCAGGCACCAGAGGAGACAUACGACAGAGAAGCUGCACGAGUGUGUGGAUUGUGGGAAGAGGUUCAGUCAGAGCCAGUAUCUUAUCCGCCAUCAAAAGCAUUCACACAGGAGGAAAAUGGGAGUUUGCACCGUAAUAGACAUACAGUGAACUUUACAGGAGAUGGGAACAUUAUCAAUACUUGAAUUGUCGGAAGAGAUUGAACCUCAACACAAAUCUUAAUAAACACCAGAGAUUCUACACAGAACUGGAAAUCCUACAAAUCUGUGUCACAGGGUAGUCUUCUUUUCAUGCAACUCAUAUUCCUAAUAGAGAAUUCCCCGCCUUCCAGAUCUUUACAUACAGCUAGUUAGAGAGAAAUAUAGGCUUCUAAACACACAGCGCAGGGCUGUUGUCCACAUGGUUAGUGUUUCAUGUAGCCCAUUUGCCUCACUGGAUACUGGAAAAUCAGCCCUAGAAAGAACAGGUAGCUAGGUUCACCUUUUAGCAGUUGAAGUCUUAAAGCAGGGAUAAGGAACCUGUGGUCCUUCAUCUGCCGCUGGGCUCCCAUCUCCCAUCAUGGUCCACCGGCCAGGAGUUGCAGUCCGGCAACAUCUGGAGGGCUUCUGGAUCCCAUCCUUGCCUUACGGCAGGCAUGUCCAACUCCCAAGAGACUGCGAUCUACUCCCACUAUUAAAAAGUUGUUGAGCUUUUUGGGGCGGGGUGGGAUCACAUGAUCCACCGUGAUCGACCAGGGACGCCCCGCAAUCGACCAGUAGAUCGUGAUCGACCGGUUGGAUGUAUAUUUUUCUUUGUUUGUGGUUGUUGCUGUUUGUUUGUUUUGUGUGUUGUUGUUUUUUGAAAAUUUAAUAAAAUAUUAUUUUU